AUGGGUGGCUGGGUAUGGAGCUGGGCAGCUAGGUGCGACCGGGCAGUUUCGAGUGGAGCUGCAAAUCUCGGCCGGAUAAAAUGGGCGGCUGGGUAUGGAGCUGGGCAGCUAGGUGCGACCGGGCAGUUUCGAGUGGAGCUGGAAGAUCUUGGCCGGGUUACGGAGCUAGGCAGUGCGAACUGGGCUGAGAACCGAAUGCGGCCGAACUAUGCUCGAAUAAGGCAGGAGGUAUUCAAAGGCGGCCGAAUGUUGUGGGCGAGUGAAUUGUUGCCCGGGUUUUUUUGGACUGAAAGUUCUACGCGGCUGGAGCUUCUUUUGGUAUCAGGCAUUGGGGCUAAAAGGAUAAAAACAGGCUGA